AAAAUCAGGGAAGGGCAGAUGCUGGAGGACAUCUGUGGCUCCUUGCUCUAUUGGGCCCCAGAGAUUUUGGCAAGGAAACCAUAUGAUGGAAUGGCGGGUGAUAUGUGGAGCUUGGGUAUUGUCCUCUUUGUCCUUGUCACAGGGCACUUUCCGUAUGUGGAACCCACCCUUGAUGGUAUGUACAGGCUCAUCACCACCACCACGUGUCCCAUUCCCUACCACUUGUCAAAACCCUGCCACAUUGUCAUUGCACGAUUACUCAUGGUCCCUACCUGGUACAGAAUAACAAUAGGUCAGCUUGUGCAACGACCAUGGCUAGGCCACAUUCAAGAACAUGUACCACCUGCAACUAAGGAAAUUCUUCCCAGGGUUGUGGAGACUAUGUGCACCAUUGGCUACACCUGUGAAGAGAUUGUGUCAUCCCUAAAACACAGGCAACCAAGUAACGUCACAGCAACUAUAAAUAUCCUCAGAUACCAACUGAGUUGUGGGGAUAGCCAUGGACAAGGUAAGUCCUGGUUAAAUAUGAUUCAUGCACGGCCUCUUAGCCUCUCCCUCCCCUUGGAAAGGAGAGCUAGUGAACCAACUUUUCCUGUUGGGAAGAGCCACUUUCACAAAGAGGAUGUGGAAGAAAGAGCCAAGGGAUGCAGGAGCUACCCCAUGCUCAACAGGUGGUCCUGCCUGGAGGUGAUGCCCUGGUCAGAUAACACAGUCCUAGUAGGAAGUGCUUACAUGGCUGAUGCCAUCAACACUGCUGCAGGGGACAUGGAUUCAGUUGACAGUCUGCCUGGCAGUCUCUCCUCCCAUGAAUCAGCCCUAUAUGGAACAAUCACUGGGUGUCUGAACUUGGGCUUCUCCAUAGAGGAACCAUUCAUGGGACCAGACAUUUCCAGUGACCAGUUCCAGGUGGCACCCACAACAUCUGGAUCCAGGACAUUCAGGAAGCAAAUUGUCCAUGCACUGAGAGCACUGUGUUGCUGCUGCUGCUGCUGCUGCCGCCACUGCUGCCUCCCCAACCCACGUGUGGAAACUGAAAUGGCCUAAUUAAUAUCUUCCCUGGUGAGGAGUGACUGCCACAGGAGGCAGCCAGAAGAGAUCUCCAGAGUGCCAACUCCCUCUAUCCCAGGGCAACAGGCUCCUGCAUCCUACUCCAGCUAUUGGGUCUGGGCUUCAAGUUUACAUCUUCUUCAGCUUACUCCAUCUCCAGCACUGUAGUUGUACUAAUAGGUGGUCAUAAGGCACAUCUGCCCAGUGGCCUGCUACCUCCAUUGCUUUGGAUGUGCUUGUAGGGCCACUCAUGCUGCAGGGAAAACAGCUGCCUCUACAACCAGGAAUGCCUUUGUACCAACCUAGGCUGCUCAUCAUCUGGUCACGUUAACCACUCCAACUUAUUCUGAGACAGUCUUUUGGAAAGGACAACAAGACCUUUGGUUAGGGGUUGAACUGAAUGUACUCUAGUCCAGGAUGGCCUAGAAACAGGGGACAAUCUCCAAAUCUACCCUUCCGAGUAGAGUCUAUAUCAACCAUGAACACACUCCUGGAGGAUCUCCACCUGCGGGCCACGCACAAGUCACAUGACUUCAUUCUGACCAAUAAGAAGAGUCCAGAUUGACUACCUGCUCUGAUUGAGUGAGUUCUUUCCAUUUGGGCCAUCAGAACAAGUCUUAGGACUCAAGUGAUGAGCUCCAGCCAUCAGGAGACAUAGGGUGGAGCUUUUCAGGUGUGGCCUGAGACAGCAGAAGUAGGAGCCCUGUAGGAAGUCCAGAUGGCAGUGUGUCCAGUUACUCAGCAUAAAGGGUUUCUGUCCAGCACAGGAGAAGGAAAGCAACAGCAAGCUGGAGGAGAAUGGGUACCACUAUGGAUGAAUGCUGGGACUUUACUCCACUUUGGAAAUCUCAGGUUCUGUUGGACAUGUUCUGUGACCCAUUUUCACCGUAUGUGCCUCCUGAGUCAUUUAGGCAAGUGUCAAAUGAGAAGGGUCACAGGAAGCACAGCACCCUGACAUAGACAUGUUGGUGGGAAACUUCUGCUCCUUCUUGAUCCUAGAGCCUUCAUACGAGACAGUAGCAGGAAAUCCGGGACAACCAAUCCCUGUGAUCAGAGCUUGCUGUGGAGACCACAAAGAGUUCUCCUUCAGGAAGGUCUCAUGGUAAUAAAAUGGACAUUGACCCUGACUCAGUCUGUCAUGAAUUCCAUCAAAAAAUAAA